CGGUGAGACGCAAGGCUGGCUAUGCAAGCAGGGACUUCCCGUCCGGUCUGGCUUUUCUCGCAGCAGCAGCUUCUUGGGGGGAGAAUCUGGAAUCCGUACUGCUGGGCGUGAUGGACCAGUCAUCUCACUCAGGAUAAGACACUGUUGAAAUCCAUAAAUAGGGGAAUCCUGCAUCCCAGCAAGCAUGAAUAAGGGGAUUGCACAGAAAGGCUCUUGAUUGUAAAAUGAUGGAGAACAAUGGACAUUUGAGUGUUCCAGACUGGAGACCCAUCCUGUGCUUCACCCAUCCUGCAGCUGUUUCAUUGGUUACUAGUCCGCUUCUGGGCUCAAUUCAAGGUGCUGGUCUUGACCCUUAAAGCUCUACAUGACUUGGGGCAGGGGUACCUGUCGGACCACAUUCACUCCUAUGAAUCUGCCAGAACCCUCUAUUCAUGGUCUCAGGCCUGGCUCAUGGCCCCACCACUAACAGAGAACUGAUUGGCAGGUACUAGAGACAGGGCCUUUUGGGUUGUGGCCCCUCGGCCUUGGAACAGCCUCCAUGAAGAACUUCGCCAUGCUACCUCCCUCAGUGCUUUUAAAAACAACUAAAGACACACGUUUUUAAGGAGGCUUUUAAAUGCUCUAUCUUUGGUUCUAUCUGGGAAAAGCUGGACUUUGAAAGUGAAUUAUAUGCUUGUCUGGAAACAACAAUAACUUUCAGUGCCACCAGCAAAUUUACCUUGGGGUUGUGUGACUAAGAGGUGGAUUCAUCCCCUUCUUCUUGGCCUGGGCAGCAAAGUAGCAUUAGAGGAAGAAGAGCUUUUGGGUGUGUUUGGAGCUUAAGCUGAGCUCAGAGAGACCAUGGAUGUGCCAAGCCCAGCAAAGAGUGGAUCAGGGAAGGGAACAGAAAAAGGCCCUCCAGCCAUCCAGUCUGGCAAUGAUAAGGGAUUCUGGGAAAGAACUGUGCAGAAGAUCCUGGGAGGAGACAGCACCAGCUCAGAUGUCCAGGUCAGGAGAUUCAGACGGUUCGUCUACCAGGAAGUUGAAGGGCCCCGAGAGAACUGCAGCCGACUCCACCACCUUUGCCAGCAGUGGCUGGAGCCAGAGAGACACACGAAAGCUCAGAUGCUGGACCUCGUGAUCCUGGAGCAGUUCCUGGCCAUCCUGCCCCCAGAGAUGGAGAGCUGGGUGAGAGAAUGUGGAGCGGAGACCAGUUCGCAGGCGGUGGCCCUGUCAGAAGGUUUCCUCCUGAGCCAGGCAGAGGAGAAGAAGCAGGAAGAGCAGCAGACAGAUGGGAUGUUAGCCAAAGCAGCCCCGGAACUCCCAGAGUUUGAGAUGGUGCCGUUGGUGACCCGGCAGAAGCUGCUGUUCAGGGGGAUCAUGCCAGAGAGUGACGGAGGCGCCAUGGCACUGGGAGUCUGUGAGCUUUGAGGAGGUGGCUGUGUGUUUCUCCGAAGAGGAGGAGGCUCUGCUGGAUCCAGGCCAAAGGGCUCUGCACAGGGAAGUCCUGGAAGAGAUUUCUGGGCAUCUGGCC